AUGAGUAAAGAUUACAGUGUCAAGUCAUUAGAGGAUGUUGAUUUGGAUGCGAUGAUCGAAAGACAACAUCAACAACAAAUUGUCGCGGACGAAGGAGAAACACAACCACAACAGCAGCCGAGCAACAGCUCUGAUAAAAAUGCACAGGGCGCUGCUGCUCGAGAUACAACUACCAAAGGGAAGUACUCCCUUAACGACUUUCAGAUCUUAAGAACGUUGGGCACAGGGUCGUUUGGAAGAGUGCAUCUCGCCCGGUCAGUGCACAACGGAAGGUUCUACGCCAUGAAGACGUUAAAGAAAGAACGAGUGGUCAACAUGAAACAAGUUGAGCACACCAAUGACGAACGUCGAAUGCUCAAGUUGGCGCACCAUCCGUUUAUCAUUAGGAUGUGGGGGACGUUCCAAGACUGUCACAACUUGUUCAUGAUCAUGGACUACAUUGAAGGAGGAGAGUUGUUUAGUUUACUUCGGAAAUCCCAAAGGUUCCCUACACCCGUAGUUAAAUUCUAUGCAGCAGAAGUGUUUCUAGCUAUUGAAUAUCUUCAUCAGUUGGAUAUCAUUUAUCGGGAUUUAAAACCCGAAAAUAUCUUGUUGGAUAAGAAUGGACAUAUUAAAUUGACAGAUUUUGGCUUUGCUAAAGAAGUCACAGAUGUCACCUAUACAUUAUGUGGAACUCCAGAUUAUAUAGCCCCAGAAGUGGUGGCUACUAAACCUUACAAUAAAUCUGUUGAUUGGUGGUCCUUUGGAAUAUUGAUCUUUGAAAUGCUAACUGGAUACACUCCAUUCUAUGACCCUACACCCAUGAAAACUUAUGAAAACAUCUUAAAUGGUACCAUCACAUAUCCUGACUAUUUACCUCCAGAUAUCUUGGACUUGCUCCAGAAAUUAAUAGUCAAAGACUUGACACAAAGAUUAGGUAAUCUUCAAGGUGGAUCCAAUGAUGUGAAAAAUCAUCCGUGGUUUAAAGAAGUCAUCUGGGAAAGAUUACUUUCAAAAGAUAUCGAGACUCCUUAUGAACCUCCUAUAACCUCCGGGGUCGGGGACACCUCACAAUUUGAUCGAUAUCCAGAAGAUAAAGACUUGGAUUAUGGUAUUUCAGGUGUGCCGGAUCCUUAUGGCCAAUUGUUUGGUGAUUUCUAG